AAUCAACAUUGACGACUCAAGAUCCCUUCUGAAGGGGAGAAAUCAAUGCCCAUUUCGCAGAAGAGGAAAUUGAAACUGUCAUUUGCCCAGGACAGCAAAGGCAAGAGCUGAGAUCAGGCUGUGGUUUUAGUAGGGAACGAAGGAGGAAGAUUCAGAGGACACUGAUUUCUGGACAGCAAUGAGUGCCCGGGCCACACGGCCCCGAAGCCGGCGAGGGAGGCACAUUCCACCUGGGGAGCUGGACCCUGUGGCAGAAAGUUUAGAGGAGGCUGAGGCAGCCAACGGAAGCCCUGCACUGGGCCCUUUGCCAUCUCAGGAAAGCUGCAAGACAGAACUGCUGGGCCCUGGGGUGGAGGAGAGUGGGCAGAGCCUGGAGAGCAGAACCGAAAAAGAGGCUGAUGGGGACUCUAGCAGGGGACUGGCCCCAGCACCCAAGGAGCCCCAUGAGCCUGCAGAAGAAGCUCAUCAGGCCCCAGAGGCAGCCCCAUGGGACAGGGAGACCGUCUCCUCUGGAUCUGGGGCCCCCGACAUUUUUCAGACUCUCCAGCAUGCUCUGAGCUCACUGGAGGCAGCAGCUGCUGCCUGGCGCCACCAGCCCCCAAGCUGUUCUGGGCCAAUGGAGGCAGAGGGCAGAAGCAAGGGGGGACGAAGGCCCUGCCUGGAGCAGGAAGGGGCAGGGGGCUACCAGAGGGAGGCAACCCGCAUGGCCGAGAGAAAUGCCUGGCUGCGUUUGGCCCUGGGAAGCCGUGAAGAUGAACUAAUCCACAUGCAGGCCUCCUUGGAGGCCAUCCAGACGGAGAAGGAGAUGCUGCAGAGAGAGGUCCAGGAGCUGCAGGAUUCCCUGCUGAGGCUGGACCCCUUCCCACCUUCCUCCCAGAGCCAAGCAGGUGGCUCAGGCAGUGGAUCCAGCAGCUCCGGGGCUGAUGGGGAGCCCUGGGCCACUCAGGACUCCUUCUCCCUGUCUCACCCCCUGCUCCAGCGCCUCCGGAGUGAUUCUAGUGCCCAGAUCCUUGGAUCUCUCUCUACCCAGCCUCUUACGCCCAAGAUGCACAUCGUGGAAGUCCAGUUGGAGAAGCUCCAGGGGAGCAUCGAGAAGCUCAAAUGCUUCAACCGUCUGCUGUCAGCUGUGCUCCAGGGAUACAAGGGUCGGUGUGAGGGCCUCAGCAUGCAGCUGGGCCAGCGGGAGGCCGAGGCCACGGCACUACGUCUGGCCUUGCAGUACAGUGAGCACUGUGAGGAGGCAUAUGGGGUCCUGCUCACUCUCCGGGAGGCGGACUCAGGAGCAGAAGACGUCCCCAAGAGUGACCUGGAGGCAGCUGAGAAGGAGGCUCAGAGGCUGCUGGCCCAAGAGGAGGCUGCCAUGGAUGGAGGGACACGGUGGGAUCCUCAGCUAAGCCCUGAGGGCAGCAGUGUGGAUAGGCCCACACCACAGGAGGUGUCUACCCAGCUCCGAGGCUGUGUCCAGCGUCUCCGAGAGUGCCGUGCUAUGGUGAAGAUUCCCCCAGAUCCUGGUCCCACCUUGUCACCCAUGCCCACUGCGCCCCGUGCAGAAGCCAUGGUGCAGGCUAUUCUGGGGACGCAGCCUGGCCUAGCCCUGCCCCAGCUGGAGAAGAUGCAGAUCCAGCAGGACCUGGAGGCUGCACGGGAGACCCAGGAAGACCUGAUGUUGAGGCUACAGCUGGUGCGGCGGGAGAAGCGGGGUCUGGAGCUGCGGGAGGCUGCCCUCCGAGCCCAGGGCCCCGCCCACAUGCUCCUGCUGGAGCAGCUGCGGUGGGAGUGGGCUCAGCUCCAAACUGGUGGGGCCAACAGCAGUGGCGGUGACAGCAGUGGAGGCAGGAGUAGCGGAGACGAGGAGGCAUGGUCCCAGGGCCCUGCUAUCCCUGGUGGCAUCAGGGGCAUCGAUGGAGGUCAGGUGGGCAAAGUGCAGGAUCGAGAGGAGCUAGCUCAGGAACUGUUGGCAUCACUCACUCGGACCCUGGGCCUGCGGGAGCAGCUGCAGUCUCUGCGGGAGGAGCUGGAACAGGUGGCUCAGAAGGAGCGAGCCAGACGUGCUCAGAGUGCUGAGCUGAACAGUGAUUUAUGUAAGGCUCACAGUGCCCUGGUCCUGGCCUUCCAAGGAGCCCGCCAGAAGCAGGAAGGGCAACGGAGGAAGCUGGAACAGCAGGUGGCACUAAUGGAGGCACGACAGGCAGAAGAGCUGGCUGUGCUAGAAACCACUGCAAGAAACUUGGAGAGGCCCAGUCAGCCCCGUCCACCUCCCCAGCCAGGGGAGACCUUUCUGUAGGCCCUGUACCUGGCCAUGUCUGGAUGUGCCAGACAGUGGUGGCCGGCCGUGUCAUAAACUGUCCUGGAGUGAUGUCAUGAGGCGUGACUUUGCAUGGUGAAGCGUGUUUGAUGUGAUGGAGGCUGAUAUACCUGUGCAUCUUGGGCUGGAUGAGGGGUUGGCUGGGCAUUUGAGAAAGAUUCGGUGUCUUUUUGGCUUGGCACCAUGUGGCAUGUGAAUGGGGUCGGUAGGGUCUUGCCAGAGGCAGCCUGGGCUGUAGGGAUAGGGUCUCCGGGCCUGGCUGGGGCGAUUCAGAGGUCAGUGAGGUUACACACCCAGAGCUGAAAUUCCAACUCUUACUUGUUUCCAGAAGCCCAGACAGGGAUCCACGGGGGGCAGGGCACACCUUCCCCUGCCUACUCUUCUUAGGGAGAAGUUGGGUUUGUCCUGGAAGAUGCUCCCAAGAGGACGAUGCCUACAACCCAGAAGACUGAGGCCCCCACAGUUCGGAGUGUGGAACGUUAGCUAGAAGGGCGCAUGCUCCAGGUGCAUGUGUAGGGAGGAGGAAUCAGAGGCAGCUUUGGAACUUGCAUGCAAAGAAAUGUGGAGCUAAGGUAAA